AUGCCUGCCGGCCGGCGCAUGAAUAGACCCCAUCAGGAGCACGCCUGCGUUUGGAACCCUGGACUCAGUAAUGGUGGCUAUGGGGAAGUGUCCAUACGGCGUCCCCUUGCCUACAUGGCGACGGAGAAGUCUUGA